UAUAGUAACUCCUUAAUAUAUGAGCUUCUCCUAAACUCGAGAUUACGUUCUUGUCUCCUUCAUAUAUAAAGGUUUCUUUUUUUCUUGUCCUAACAAAGGAGUUAGUUUUCUUUUCUUUCCUUAUGAUCGGCUUUCCAUGUUGAUUCUUGCGCGAUUGAGAUGCAUUUGGAUCAUAAUAAUUGUAUCCUUGUCAUUAUAAUAUUGUAACCUCCUAGGUGCGUACUAAAGAAAAUUCAAAAUGUUGGACUCGUGGAAGAGAAAUAAGUUUUACUCCAAAUGCAAGUCUACAAUCAGGCAGAUGAAAACUCGAAUCGAAAUGGUAAGGAAGAAGAGAAAUGCAAUGCAGAAAUACUUGAAGAAUGAUAUAGCCGACCUUCUUAAAUCUGGAUUGGAUGUCAAUGCCUACGACAGGACUGAAGGCCUUCUAGUUGAGCUGAAUCUCUUGAGCUGUUAUGAUAUCUUGGAGCAAUAUUGUGACCAUGUCUUUAGUCACCUUGAAACCAUGAUUCAACAGAGGGAAUGCCCUGAGAAUUGCAGGGAAGCUGUGGCAUCUUUGAUGUUUGCAGCAGCAAGACUAGCGGACCUGCCUGAAUUACGUCAACUCAGAACGAUAUUUUCUGAGAGAUAUGGAAAUUCCCUUGAAUUUUAUGUCAGUAAACAGUUUGCUGAAAAAUUAAAGCCAGUACCACAUAAAAAGGAUAUGAAGGUACAGUUAAUGCAAGAUAUAGCAACAGAAUCUGGUAUAGAAUGGAAUUCAAAAGCUUUACAACAGGAGCUAUAUGAACAAGAGCACAUGUCUGAAUCAGGUCAAAAUAAAGAAUCUGAAGCUGCUACAUUCAAUCAUGAGAAUGCAAGGCAUCAUCAUACCAAAUCAAGAGUGAACACAACAGAAAGCAGCUCCGAUUCUUCUCUUAGUUGUGCUCAUGUGGCCAAAGUAGAAUACAAUGGACACGUCGAAGCAGUUGAAGAGGCUAAGACAAAACCAAAAUCGGUUAGAAGGAAACAUGUGGAGCCACAGUCUGGUGAUAAAAAUUCAGGACAUGAAAACCAUAGCAUAACAAAUGCAAAAGAUGAAGUCCCGAGGCAGAGAACUCGAGAUGGUCCUUCAGGCAGAACAGCAUCCCUUCCAGUUGAAUUGGAACAAAUAAGUCCAGCUGAGCUAAUGAAAGGGCACACUCGAGCAAAUUCUUUUCAACCUGAUAUGUUUGGUCCAAAUGGGCUUCAUCCUAAGGUACCAAACUACGAUGAGGUAGUUGCUCGCCUGGCGGAUCUCAGUGGGAAAUCAAAAGAAUGACUUUGUAGUUAGGACAAGCUGGAUUACUGUUCCAUUCCUCGGCCAAUCUUCUUAAAUUUUUGUUUUAUCGUAUUCUUUGUAUACAUGUUAAGAGUUGAUACAGUGUAUAUAACUCCUGACAGUUAUUAAAUCAUUUCAUUGUAAAUAGCUCAUUAGAUAAAGCCUUUAUGUUGAGUAGUGACAGAGUAUUUGACUCUC